UGGCAAAGUGUGAGACGGCCACACGGUCACCGCGAAACCUCGUUCCUUGUGUGCGUCCCGUGCCUCGCUUUAAAUCCCAAAACUCCCCACAACGCCCAAUUCCUGCCCUGGGCCUCUUUUGAAGAGGCCAUCUCCGUCCUAUUCGAGAAAUCUGUUUUCAGAAGGCUGAAUAUCCAGAUAUCCCUUUUCUUCUUCUGUGCUCCUCUCAUCGUCCCAUCAUCCCCUGGUACCGAGACCCUGCCUUCCCUGCCUUUCCCUGCCCUGUCUCCUGCCUCGACCACUUCCACGCCCGGUGCGGUAGGGGGAGAAGUUGGCGGCAGUGGGAUUGAAAGAAGAAAACAUUCAAGCAACGCGACUUUCUUGCUCACAUCUCGCCCUGGCCUGGGCGGCACCUCGGCUGGCGACGGAGGCGGACAGCUCUCUCAAGCCUCAUCUCUGUGAGGGCCCUACCUGGCCGUGUAUACUGCCACCAUUGUUCACCAUUAGCAAUGGACUCCUCGCCCACCAGGACCAUGGCUGGGACGAAGCGCCGGGCCGCUUCGCUCCUGCCCGCCUUCGAGCCCCUGUCGCCGUCCCCGGUCCGGCCUCGGCCGGCCAAGCGACAGGCACGAAACAAUGGCGCCUACAAGUACCCGACGCCCGUGCCGACCUCGAGCACAGGCAUCAUGUCCUCCUCGCCGCCCCGCGGUGGCCCGCGUCCGUCUCUGCAGCGGACCGCCUCGGUCAUCUCUGAACGCGCCCCGCUCGCCUCGGUUCCCACUGUCGAGCUUAACGAGAACGGCGAGGCCCUCCUGAUGGGCCGAUCCAGCAACUCGUCCCACUAUCAGCUCUCCGCGAACCGCCAGAUCAGCCGGGUACACGUCAAGGCCCGCUACAUCCCAGCCAUGCAUCACCUGGACCCUAACAAGGUCGAGAUCGUGUGCGAGGGAUGGAAUGGUCUCAAGUUGCACUGCCAGGGCCAGACCUGGGACCUGGGCAAAGGUGACAUGUUCGAGUCCGAUUCCGAGUCGGCCCAGAUCAUGAUCGAGGUUCAGGACGCCCGAGUCCUGAUCCAAUGGCCCAAGCGUGACCACCACGAGUGCCUCGGCAACCUGUCGGACUCGUCCUGGGACGAGUCGCCCACCCGCGCUCCGCGCGGCUACGACCUGCCGUCGAGCCCCCUGUGCAGGAACAGGCUUAUCCGGUCUCCCGAGUCUCCGUCCCCCUCGAACCUGCCCUCCAUCGCCACGAACCUGGGCACCCUGCUGUCUGGACCCGUCAGCGGCGGCUCGGACGGCGAGCAGAUCCAGAUAUACGAGGACGCCAGCGGCGACGACGAGCCCGAGCUGCCCAAGCAGCAGCCCAUGGCCGAUGCCAACGCCAGCUUCAUGACCGAGGCCACCCAGAGCUUCUCCAGCGAUCUCAGCGAGCCCGUGUCCGACGACGACGAGCAGGAGCAGCACAAUCCGGACGAGGAGAACGACCCGAUCGUGCACUCGUUCGGCCCCUUCGGCGCGAACCUGUCCAACCGCAUGGCGUCCAUCACGGCAUCGAGCCCCAAGAUGCGCACCCCCGUACUCGCCCCUCCCCACAUGCGACGAUCCGCCGCGAGCGGCACCAAGGCCCUCGCCGAUAAGAUCGUCUCGGCCACCGGUGCCCUCUCCACCGUCGUCGCCACCGCCUCCACCACCUCGAGCAGGACCGCCAGCGCCGGCAACAGCCGCAGCGCCAGCCGCAGCGGCGACAGUGAGUCCCGCAAGCGCGUCGACGACGAGACCCCCGCCCCCGAGACGACGACUGCCACCGCCGCAGAGCCCGACCUUGCUGAGUUCGACGUGCAGGCCAUAACCAAUCACGUGGCGAACCAGCUGGCCUACUCGCGGCUCUCGUCGACGCCGCUGUCGGCCAUCAUGGCGCAGCUGCCCGCGCUCGAGCGGCUCGACGGCAGGCUCACAAAGGCCUGCCUCCGCUCCAUCAUCGAGGCCGUCCCCUGCAUCGGCACCAUCCCGCGCCAGGGCAAGGACGCGGCCGGCAAGCCGCUCGAGAGCGAGUACUACUACGUCCCCGAGAAGGACGACGACGAGCUGCGCCGCCUCGCCGUCACGGACGGCAUGAGGAAGCCCAGCCUGAGGAACUGCAGGAAGCAGCACAAGCAAUACUACUGGAAGCGCCCCAAGACCCCUUGAGCUGCUUGUCAUACCGAAACCUAAGGGCACCUCGGUGCCACGGCCCAACCCAAAUACCCACCUAUUCAUCCGGACCCGAGAUUUAACUCGCAAAAGAUUGGGGCAAAAACGGAGUUAUCAAACACGGGCAGUUGCUGCCAUCCUCUUUCGCGAGAUGAAUCCUCUCCUCCAUUUCUAUUCAUCAUCAACGCAAUUGUCGUUGCAUCUGCGUCCCCUAGUCAUCAUUUCUCCUUCCUCACUGUCACCUUGCCAACCUCCCUCGUUUCCUUGCCAGCCACCAUAUUGGUAUACCUUUUUUACUUGCCCUGUUCUGCAUAGCGUUAGGCGUCACUAUUCCCCCGGGCUGCGACGUGUUUCUGGGUCCCUCUCGUUUCCUUUGUUAUUUUUUAUUUUUUUUACGUACUCGUCUCUCUCACCACUGGGCUCCAUGUAUGGAUAUUUCGUUUGGGCGUCUGGGGGAGCGAGGGGCUUUUAAGGGGUUUUCUUGGGCGGGCAAUUCCUGUUUGUUUGGGACCUGAUCGGUGGCACGAAGAAUACCCAACCCCCCUGGCACCACCUUUUUACCGGUAGGCUGUUUUCGUGAUGGUUAUAUUGGUCGAGGAUGCAGGUCGCAAUUCCCACAAUCUAAGCUGGCACCACAACUCUUCACCUGGGGGUUAUGAAUCACCUUGCACCCAGAA